CGGUAGCUAUUAUAUAUCGUUUAUCUCUCUCUUUAUUUCUCUCUCAUCGCCAUUGCAACAGAUCUGAGCCAUAGAUCACAGGGUUCGCGCCUUUUGACUCUUCCUUUUCCGUCUCCAUUGGCCAUUUUUCCACACACCUCGCACCGUUAAUCUAGAAUCAGAGCUAGCUAAUCGGAGCAUCCAUACCCGUUUUCUCGGGUCCGUGCGCGGAUCUAGCAGAGGAGUCCCUUUCAGAGAUAGCUUCGAGUCCGUGACUCACUGAGUUGAGCGUGAGUUAGAUCGGAAGCAGGUUCCGAUGGCUUCGAGCACGAUCCGGAAGGCGAUUGGGGCGGUGAAGGACCAGACGAGUAUAGGGAUAGCGAAGGUUGCGAGCAAUAUGGCUCCGGAGCUGGAGGUGGCGAUUGUGAAGGCGACGAGCCACGACGAGGAUCGGGCGAGCGAGAAGUACAUAAGGGAGAUCUUGAACCUGAUGUCGUACUCGCGUGGCUACGUCCACGCGUGUGUGUCUGCGGUGUCGAAGCGUUUGGGGAAGACGCGGGACUGGAUUGUGGCGCUGAAGGCGCUGAUGCUGGUGCACAGGUUGAUGAACGAGGGACCCCCUUUGUUCCUUGAGGAGAUCUUGUACGCUACACGAAGGGGAACCAGGCUUCUUAACAUGUCCGAUUUCAGAGACGAGGCUCACUCCAGUUCUUGGGAUCACUCCGCUUAUGUCAGGACUUAUGCUAUGUAUCUUGAUCAGCGCCUGGAGUUGAUUCUGUUCGAUAGGAAAAGUGGCAGUGUUGGUGGCGGUGGCAGUGGCGGUGGUGGUGGGAGUGGCAGUGCUGGCGGUGGUGAUGAUAGGUAUGGGGGGAGAGAUAAUUUCAGGUCGCCGCCGUAUGAGUAUGAGUAUGGAGGGGGAGAAUUCAGAGGAGAAAGUGGGUAUGGGAAUAGUGGGAUGAGGAGGACGAGGUCGUUUGGUGACAUGAGCGAAACGGUGGGGCGGGAAGAGAGAAGGAUUGUGGUUGUGACUCCGUUGAGGGAUAUGAAGCCGGAGAGGAUUUUUGGCAAGAUGGGUCAUUUGCAGAGGUUGUUGGAUCGUUUUUUGGCUUGUAGGCCUACUGGAUUGGCAAAGAAUAGCAGGAUGGUUUUGAUUGCUCUGUAUCCUGUGGUCAAGGAGAGCUUUCAGUUGUAUGCUGAUAUAUGUGAGGUUUUGGCUGUGUUGCUUGACAAAUUCUUUGAUAUGGAGUAUUCGGAUUGUGUGAAGGCCUUUGAUGCUUAUGCAAGUGCGGCUAAGCAGAUUGAUGAGCUGGUUGCCUUCUACAAUUGGUGUAAGGAUACUGGAGUGGCGAGGUCCUCAGAGUACCCAGAAGUUCAGAGGAUUACUGGUAAGUUGCUGGAGACACUUGAGGAGUUUGUGAGGGAUAGGGCCAAGAGGCCAAAAAGUCCAGAGAGGAAAGAGGAAGCUCCUCCACCGGUGGUGGAAAAAGAAGAGGAGGAGCCGGUCCCGGAUAUGAAUGAAAUCAAGGCACUUCCUCCACCUGAGAAUUAUACCCCGCCUCCUCCGCGUGAGCCAGAGCCUAAGCCUCAGCCACAAUUUACAGAGGACUUGGUGAAUCUGAGAGAUGAUGCAGUCACUGCAGAUGACCAGGGUAAUAAAUUUGCUUUGGCACUCUUUGCUGGUGCACCAGCUAAUAAUGCAAAUGGAUCGUGGGAAGCCUUCCCAUCCAAUGGACAGCCACAAGUGACUUCAGCUUGGCAAACUCCGGCUGCUGAACCUGGGAAGGCCGAUUGGGAAUUGGCAUUGGUAGAGACUGCUAGCAAUUUAUCCAAGCAGAAGGCAACUUUAGGUGGUGGGUUUGAUCCAUUAUUGUUGACUGGCAUGUACGAUCAGGGAAUGGUGAGGCAGCAUGUCAGCACUGCUCAACUGAGUGGAGGGAGUGCAAGCAGUGUGGCAUUGCCAGGACCGGGAAAGGCUACAACACCUGUUUUAGCUCUCCCAGCCCCAGAUGGAUCUGUGCAACCAGUUAAUCAGGAUCCAUUUGCUGCAUCUUUGACCGUUCCACCCCCUUCCUAUGUGCAAAUGGCUGAUAUGGAGAAGAAGCAGCAUUUGCUUGUGCAGGAGCAGCAGCUGUGGCAUCAGUAUGCAAGGGAUGGGAUGCAAGGUCAAUCUAGCUUGACCAAACUGAAUGGCACUGGAUACUAUCCUGGAGGUCCUAUGCCUGUUAUGCCUUAUGGAAUUCCCCCAGUCAACGGAAUGGGACCUCCAACCGGGUAUUACCAUACUCCGUACUGAUUUCACCCCUUUCCCCCUUUUUUUUCGCCACAUUUCUAUAGGUUGCUUCGUUUAUUUUUUUACUAUGACAUAGUGUUUUCCUUUGUUUUAAAUGAUAUCUUAUUAUUGAGAUCUGCACAUUAGUACGACGGGGAUGAUAAGGAGACUGAGACGAAGAGACAAUUUCUUGUUGGGUUUUGAUGGUGGGAGAUGUGUAACUCAGUUGUGAUGUCUCUGUGUCUUUUGUAAUAGUAGCAUUUUCUUCUCGAUUUUUGUACUUUAAGUGAUCCUUGCUCCUUAAAAACAAAGGCUUAACUGCUGUAAAUUGUAUUAAAUUCUGGUGCUGACGAUCGUGAUUGGUUAUGCCAAAUGUUUUUUCCUUCUUGCGGGAACAGCCGUGGCUGCUUAUUCUUAAACUUCACUAGAGUUUAGUACUCGCGAAGUGGUUCCUUUUGGGAGGAGUUAGAUAUACUAGUAAGUUGCUGGUUUUGACAUUAAGGAGUAAGUUUCAAUUUGGUCAUUUUUUCGUUUUCUUCUUACCUUUGGUUACCGAAUUUAACUGCAUCACGAUUCAUAUUUCUUGGGGACUAUUAGAUGUCAAGUAGCAUUCUAGUUAUUUAUGUGGGUCUUUUCAACAGCAACACAUAUGGUUGUCCUGUCCCAUGCUCUUCAGUUCCUAUCGUUCUCACCUAUUCAAUUUGUAUUUUGAUAUUAUUUUGGAUCUUUUUGGUGAAAAUUGUCAAAAAGGGAAAUAAA